GUCAGGGAGGUGGCAUGAAUUAAGAAAAUGUAUAUCUGAUCGAGUCAAGACCUGCUUGCCACAUGACUCUUGGAAACUCCGUGAAAUCUCUCUGAUCCCCAGUCUGCUCAUCUAUUAAAUGGUCCAACAGAACACCUGCCUUGCCUACUCAACAGCCCAGAUUUCAUCAGCAAAAUGCCAGGCGUGGAGGAAGAUGUGCCCCUGAAGGAGCCUGGCGUUGCAGAGAGCCGGCCAUGUAAGCCCGAAACCUCAGGACCGACGCAGGAAGACAAGAGCAGCCCCGAGGACCACCCUUCCUGUGUGAUAGAUACAGUUAAUGAUGCUUCCAAGCUGAGCAGUGAGAUUGGGAUGAAUCAUGAUUUCCACGUGGAAGAAAAAGUUUUGCCUCCAAGCAGUCUGGAAGGCAGAGUCAAGGAGACAAUACACAAUGCCUUUUGGGAUCAUCUGAAAGAGCAGCUAUUAGCUGCUCCCCCAGACUUCAGCUGUGCUCUUGAACUUCUAAAAGAAAUUAAAGAGAUCUUGCUGUCACUGCUGCUGCCACGCCAGAACCGCCUACGAAGUGAGAUAGAAGAAGCCCUGGACAUGGACCUCCUCAAGAAGGAAGCAGAACAUGGGACCCUGAAUGUCCCUCAUCUCUCUAAGUACAUUCUCAACAUGAUGACUUUGCUGUGUGCACCAGUUCGAGAUGAAGCAGUGCAGAAACUGGAGAACAUCACAGACCCUGUUCGCUUACUGAGGGGGAUCUUCCAGGUUCUGGGCCUGAUGAAAAUGGACAUGGUGAACUACACUAUCCAGAGCCUUCAGCCCCAACUGCAGGAACAUUCCAUUCAGUAUGAACGAGCUAAAUUCCAGGAACUCCUCAACAAGCAGCCUCGCCUCCUCGAUCACACCACCAAAUGGCUGGCCCAAGCAGCGGCAGACCUCUCCAUGCCGCCUCCCUCCUGCCCGGACACUCCCAACUCCUCCAGUGGGGUCAGCUCCUCUCCAAGCGAAGCAGCCAUCAGCCCAGAGCCCCUCAGCCCUGCGAUGGUCCUGUCCCAGGGCUUCCUGAACCUCCUUCUCUGGGACCCUGAAGAUGAAGAGUUCCCGGAGACCCUGCUGAUGGAUAGAGCCUGGCUGCAGGAGCUGGAGGCCCAGCUGAACCAGUUAACCAUCCUGGCCUCAGUCUUGCUAGUGGCCAGCAGUUUCUCUGGCAGCGUUCUGUUUGGCUCACCUCAAUUUGUGGAUAAGCUGAAACGUACAACCAAAGCCCUGAUGGAGGAGUUUAACUCCAGGCCUGAGGAGGAGGCUAUGGUGACUGUGAGUGAACGGGUGUCUCAGGAAAUCCAUCAAAGCCUCAAGAACAUGGGCCUUGCUGCUCUGAGCAGCGACAACACCGCAUCUCUGAUAGGACAGCUCCAGAAUGUCGCCAAGAAGGAGAACUGUGUCCGCAGUGUCAUUGAUCAGCGGAUCCACUUGUUCCUUAAAUGUUGUCUGGUUCUUGGUGUGCAGCGUUCUCUGCUCGACCUCCCUGGAGGCCUGACUCUCAUUGAAGCAGAACUGGCAGAACUUGGCCAAAAGUUUGUCAACCUAACACACCACAAUCAGCAGGUGUUUGGCCCCUACUACACGGAGAUCUUAAAAACGCUCCUUCCCCCAGCUCAGGCACUGGAAACAGAAGUGGAGUCUCUCUGAUGGCACCGGCUCCAAGCCCUGGCUCCUUGGACCCAGGAGAGAAGCCCAUCAUUUUUUUUGAGGGGACGUCAUCAGUGACCAGCAGGGCAGCGAGCCCUCUCUGCUUCUGUGGCCAGUACACCACUCUGUAGUGACCAAGCAUGUAAACACCAACUGGCCCAAACUCUUGCUAAUAAACUUCUGAACUGCAA